AUGAUAAGUAUACGCGUAUUGGCGUCAAAACUUUCUCUUGCCCCUCCCUCCGUCAGUUGGUAUCCAUUUCGAACUCUUUUUCGCCCGCCGCUAAAUGUACCAUAUCGAGGUAUCUACAGAACUGAUGGCGAACAGUGCAUGAAGGACGAGUUACUUGUAUGCCAAUACAAAAUGAAUUAUCAUCCGGGGCUAAAUGUUAGUAAUAAAUUUGUUUAUGUUCGACAGGAUCGUGGUUCAUACUUGUUGAAGUCACACGUUGAUGGUCAUGUUAUGAUAACUCAAGAAGAAAUACAUCCUGAUUUGUCUCUUCCAGAAAAUGCUCCUUAUCUAUCAAGACGCUGCAAUAAAGGAAAUUUUUUUUCAGUUAUUGCUAUACUUAUUAGUUUAGACAUACAGAGGGUUAUCGAGCUGAUCGAGCAUGUCCAGAAAACCGGUGAGCUGUCUAAUGCUAAACUUGCUACUUUGCAGAAAGUGCUUCAGUCUGAUUUUUUUAAUUCUGUCAGAGAGAUAUUUGAACAUGUUUAUGACGCAAUUAAUGCCGACAGUCCUCGCGAUGUACGAGCAAAUGCGGCGAGUAAGGCUACCGUAGCUGCUUUUGCUGCUGCGGAAGGACAUUCGCAUCCAAGAAUAGUUGAAUUGCCGAAAACAGACCAAGGUCUUGGUUUUAAUGUGAUGGGGGGUAAGGAACAGAACUCUCCUAUUUACAUCUCAAGGAUUAUACCAGGAGGCGUUGCAGACCGUAAUGGGCAAUUGAGAAGAGGAGAUCAGUUGAUAGCGGUGAAUGGCGUGAAUGUGGAGUGUGAAUGUCAUGAAAAGGCUGUAGAAUUAUUAAAAAGUGCUACCGGUACCGUAAAGCUAGUUGUUCGUUAUAUGCCGAAACUUCUGGAUGAGAUGGAACGGCGAUUUGAAAGACAGCGACGAAGGAUUAAUCAGAAUAGUCCAGCUCCCAUAUUUCGACGAUAA